ACUGACUAAGAUAUUGUUGUUACAGUUUGUGACUGGUCACUUCAACAAACACUGCAAUAACAAUUCUUUGUUGAGAGAAGAGAGUUGAUGUUAUCUCUGGCAUUCACUCUAAUAAGAUGUUUGGUGGGAGAAGUCACAUACUCAAAGGGAGUGUAUCACUUGCCUUGGUUAUCCUCAUUCUUUUUGUUGUGAUUCUCCUUGUUUCCGAGAAAAACCCUCUUCGCACUUCUUCUCUCUUUGACAUAAAAAGUCAGUUUUCACCUUCUUCUUCAGUUUGUAACUUUGCAAAGGGGAAAUGGGUUAAAGACAGGAAGAGACCAUUGUAUUCUGGUUUUGAAUGUAAACAGUGGUUAUCAACCAUGUGGGCUUGUAGAAUUAUGGGCAGACCUGAUUUUUCAUUUGAGGGUUACCGGUGGCAGCCUCAAGGUUGCAACAUGCCACACUUUGACAGAUUCACUUUCUUGAGAAGAAUGCAGAACAAGACGAUAGCAUUUAUAGGAGACUCAUUGGGACGGCAACAGUUUCAGUCCCUAAUGUGUAUGGCCAGCGGUGGUAACGAUAGCCCAGAUGUUCAAAAUGUAGGGUGGGAGUACGGUCUGGUGAAAGCCAAAGGAGCUCUCCGUCCUGAUGGUUGGGCUUAUCGGUUCCCGACAACAAACACGACAAUCUUGUAUUACUGGUCAGCUAGUUUAUCUGAUUUGGUACCGAUGAACAACACUGAUCCACCUCGUCUUACUGCAAUGCAUUUGGACCGCCCACCAGCAUUCAUGAGAAACUACCUUCACCGUUUUGAUGUAUUGGUUCUAAACACCGGUCACCAUUGGAACAGAGGUAAGAUCGAAGGAAACCAUUGGGUGAUGCACGUAAAUGGAACACGGGUCAAAGGUGAAUACCUCAAGGAUAUCAGAAACGCAAAGGAUUUUACAAUACACAGCGUUGUGAAGUGGCUCGAUGCACAGCUUCCGUUUCAUCCACGGUUGAAAGCUUUCUUUAGGACGAUAUCUCCGAGACAUUUUAAAAACGGAGAUUGGAAUACAGGGGGAAACUGUAACAACACAGUCCCUUUGUCUAGAGGAGGCGAAAUCACAGACGAUGAUGGAUCUAUAGAUACGACAGUUGAGAGUGCUGUGAAUGGGACUAGGUUAAAGAUUCUUGACAUAACUGCACUUUCUGAGCUAAGAGAUGAAGCUCACAUCUCAGGGUCAAAACUCAAACCCAGAAAACCAAAGAAGGCGAGUAGUAACGUGACUGCAACUCCAGUUAUCAACGAUUGCUUGCAUUGGUGCUUACCUGGGGUCCCUGAUACUUGGAAUGAACUUUUCAUUGCUCAGAUUUGAAGUCUCCAAACAUCACAAAAGUUAGUUCACAGGAUUGUCUCUGUUUUGAUUCUUUGUUAUAGAAAGAUUUUUUUAAUUCUUUCUGGGAGAAGAAGAAAAGGUUCAAGCCAGUUCUUACAAAUAGGGGUUUUAGAAGGUUUUUGGAACUGAUACAUUUUACAGAUAUAUAUGAUUCAUAUGUGUAAUGAUUACAAAACAAUCUGGUUUUUCUA